UUCAAACCAGCUAACCAAUCAUCAUCAACUAAGCAAAUACAGACAGUGUUAGAGAGAGAGAGAGAAAGCAACAUCAGCUUAAGCAAAGCUUAGACAGAGAAACACUCCGUUCAUUCACUUUACCUUUCCUUUAUGUUCAUCUCAUAUUCUCAUUGCAUUCAAUUAUACUGCCACACGUUUAUAUAAUUUCCACAGCAGCGGAAAAAGUCUAAGCUUUUCGCUGGACGCCGGAAAGCAUUUCUCUUCUUCUUCAUUGAUAUUGUCUCCGGCGGCGGAAGUUUACGGAGCUUUGAGUUGGUGCAGUUCCGAUCUAACUCGGCGAGUCAAAAGGUCGGCGCUUUUUCUCUUGAUGCGUUGCAAGGGGAGCGAUCGAUAAACUCGGAGUUUGUCCAAUGGCACCACCUAUCAACAUUAUAGUCGGAUCUCAUGUGUGGGUUGAGGAUCCCCAUCUGGCAUGGAUUGAUGGGGAAGUGAUCAAAAUUGAUGGUCAAGAUGCUCAUGUUAAUACUGCAAAUGGUAAAAAGGUUGUCUCAAGUAUCUCUAAGUUGUUCCCUAAGGAUGAAGAAGCACCACCUGGUGGUGUUGAUGAUAUGACUAAACUCUCCUAUCUUCAUGAGCCUGGAGUUCUUCAAAAUAUGUGUACCAGAUAUGAACUAAAUGAAAUAUAUACUUACACCGGAAAUAUAUUAAUUGCUGUGAACCCUUUCCAAAGGUUACCUCAUCUGUAUGAUACUCACAUGAUGGAGCAAUAUAAAGGAGCAGCAUUUGGGGAGUUGAGUCCUCAUGUAUUUGCUGUUGCUGAUGUUGCGUACAGGGCAAUGAGUAACGAGGGAAAGAGCAACUCAAUUUUGGUCAGUGGAGAAAGUGGUGCAGGAAAGACUGAAACCACUAAGAUGCUUAUGAGAUACCUUGCAUAUCUGGGUGGCAGGUCUGGAGUUGAAGGACGGACUGUAGAACAACAAGUUCUAGAAUCAAAUCCUGUUCUUGAAGCAUUUGGAAAUGCAAAAACUGUGAGGAACAACAACUCAAGUCGCUUUGGUAAAUUUGUUGAAAUACAAUUUGAUAAGAGUGGGAGGAUAUCUGGUGCAGCCGUACGAACAUAUCUUUUGGAGAGAUCUCGUGUUUGCCAGAUUUCAACUCCUGAAAGAAACUACCACUGCUUUUAUCUUCUUUGUGCUGCACCCCCUGAGGAAAGAGAGAAAUAUAAGCUAGAAAAUCCUAAGUCAUUCCAUUACCUCAAUCAAUCCAACUGUUAUGAGCUUGAUGGAGUGAACGAUGGUGAAGAAUACCUCGCAACAAGAAGGGCUAUGGAUAUAGUUGGAAUUAGCGAGGAAGAACAGGAGGCAAUUUUCAGGGUAGUUGCUUCAAUACUGCAUCUUGGUAAUAUUGAAUUUGCAAAAGGGAAUGAGAUUGAUUCAUCUGUGCUUAAGGAUGAGAAAUCUAGAUUUCAUCUUAAUACGAUGGCUGAUUUACUCAAGUGUGAUGCCAAGAGUCUAGAGGAUGCACUAAUUAAACGUGUGAUGGUCACACCUGAAGAAAUUAUUACAAGGACUCUUGAUCCAGAGGCUGCUUUGGGAAGUAGGGAUGCUUUAGCUAAAACAAUAUAUUCUCGCCUUUUUGAUUGGAUUGUAGAAAAAAUAAAUAUUUCGAUUGGGCAAGAUCCAAACUCAAAGUCGAUUAUUGGAGUUCUUGAUAUAUAUGGAUUUGAAAGUUUUAAAAGCAACAGUUUUGAGCAGUUCUGUAUCAAUUUUACAAAUGAAAAGCUACAACAACAUUUUAAUCAGCAUGUAUUUAAGAUGGAACAAGAAGAGUAUGAAAAGGAAGAGAUAAACUGGAGCUACAUAGAGUUUGUUGAUAACCAAGAUGUGCUUGAUCUUAUUGAGAAGAAACCCGGAGGAAUCAUUGCUUUAUUGGAUGAAGCUUGUAUGUUUCCUAAAUCAACUCAUGAAACAUUUUCCCAAAAACUGUACCAAACUUUUCCUAAAAACAAACGCUUUGUUAAGCCAAAGCUUUCUCGGACCAGCUUUACAAUUUCACACUAUGCGGGGGAGGUGACGUAUCAAGCAGAUCUCUUUCUGGAUAAAAACAAGGAUUAUGUGAUUGCAGAACAUCAGGACCUAUUAACAGCCUCAAAGUGCUCCUUUGUAGCGGGCUUAUUUCCUCCACUUCCUGACGAUUCAUCAAAAUCCUCCAAGUUUUCCUCCAUUGGUUCACGCUUUAAGCUGCAAUUGCAAUCUUUAAUGGAGACCUUGAAUUCUACUGAGCCUCACUAUAUCAGAUGUGUAAAACCCAAUAAUGCUCUCAAGCCCUCCAUUUUUGAGAACUUGAAUGUAAUCCAGCAAUUGCGAUGUGGUGGAGUACUUGAAGCUAUCAGAAUCAGUUGUGCUGGUUACCCCACCAGACGCACUUUUUACGAGUUUCUUCUUCGAUUUGGUGUUCUUGCACCAGAGGUUUUAGCAGGAAAUCAUGAUGACAUGGUUGCUUGUCAGAUGAUUCUGGACAAAAUGGGAUUAAAAGGCUAUCAGAUAGGGAAGAACAAGGUCUUUCUGCGUGCUGGCCAGAUGGCUGAACUUGAUGCCAAAAGAGCAGAGGUGCUUGGAAAUGCAGCCAGGAUAAUUCAAAGGCAAAUCCGGACCUAUAUUACACGUAAGGAAUUCUUUGAACUGCGUCAAGCUGCAGUUCAAAUGCAAUCGUGUUGGCGAGCAAUGUUGGCUUGUAAAUUGUAUCAGCAACUGAGAUGUGAAGCAGCUGCUUCAAAGAUCCAAAAGAGCUUCCGGUGUUAUGUUGCAAGGAAAUCAUACUCAACAUUACAAUAUUCUGCAAUUGCAUUGCAGACAGGCAUGCGAGUGAUGGUUGCUCGAGAUGAGUUUCGGUUCCGGAAGCAAACCCGAGCUUCAAUUAAAGUUCAGGCUUAUUUUCGUCGCUAUAGAGGUUAUGCGUAUUACAGAAAUCUUCAGAGGGCUGCCAUUAUCACUCAAUGUUUUUGGAGGCAACGAGUUGCUAGGAAAGAGCUUCGGAAACUUAAGAUGGAUGCAAGGGAAACAGGUGCUCUCAAAGAAGCAAAAGACAAGCUGGAAAAGAAAGUGGAAGAACUCACAUGGCGGUUGCAGUUUGAGAAGAGAUUGAGGACCGAACUAGAGGAGACAAAAGCACAAGAAACAGCUAAGUUACAGGAAGCAUUGCAUUCAAUGCAAAAGCAAGUAGAAGAAGCAAAUGCAAGAGUAAUCCAAGAACAAGAGGCAGCCCGAAAGGCAAUAGAAGAAGCUCCUCCUGUGAUUAAGGAGACUCCAGUCAUAGUUGAAGAUACUGAAAAGCUGAAUGCCUUGAUCUCUGAAGUAGAUAAUCUGAAGGCUUCACUGUUCAUAGAAAGACAAGCAGCAGAAGAGGCAAAAAAGGCUUGUAAAGAUGCAGAAGCAAAAACUGUGGAGUUGGUAAGCAAACUUGAUGACGCAGAACGCAAAAUUGAUCAACUUCAAGAUUCUUUGCAGAGACUUGAAGAGAAACUUUCAAAUAGUGAGUCAGAAAAUCAAGUACUUCGUCAACAAGCCUUGACCAUGUCACCAACAGGGAAAACUUUGUCUGCACGACAAAAAAGCACUAUUAUUCCGAGAACUCCCGACAAUGGAAAUAUUCUAAAUGCAGAAAUAAAGGAUAUGCGUACAGCAGUGCCAAUUCCAAAGGAGCCUGAGUCAGAGGAAAAGCCGCAGAAGAGUCUCAAUGAAAAGCAGCAAGAGAACCAGGAUUUGCUGAUCAAGUGCAUUUCACAAGAUUUGGGAUUUUCGGGAGGCAAACCAGUUGCAGCUUGUGUUGUGUAUAAAUGCCUACUUCACUGGAGAUCAUUUGAAGUUGAAAGAACAAGUGUUUUUGAUCGUAUAAUACAAACUAUAGCUUCAGCCAUUGAGGUUGCGGAUAAUAAUGAUGUAUUGGCCUACUGGCUGUGCAAUAUAGCCACACUGUUGAUGUUGCUUCAACAAACACUUAAAGCCAGCGGUGCUGCUAGUUUUACACCCCAACGACGCAGGUCAUCUUCAGCUUCUCUUUUUGGAAGGAUGUCUCAAGGCUUACGAGCUUCGCCACAGAGUGCUGGGAUUUCCAUUCUCAAUGGGCGUGUACUGGGAAGAUUGGAUGAUUUACGUCAAGUUGAGGCUAAAUAUCCUGCUUUGCUAUUCAAGCAGCAGCUAACUGCCUUCCUUGAAAAAAUAUAUGGAAUGAUAAGAGAUAAUCUGAAGAAAGAGAUCUCUCCUUUGCUUGGGUUAUGUAUCCAGGCACCAAGAUUGUCCCGUGUAAGUUUGGUUAAAGGGCGAUCCCGAGAUAAUGCAGCUGCACAGCAAGCUCUGAUUGCACAUUGGCAAAGUAUUGUAAAACGUCUGGAUAACUAUUUGAAGAUGAUGAAAGCAAACUAUGUUCCUCCGUUCUUGGUUCGGAAGGUCUUUACUCAAAUGUUCUCAUUUAUCAACGUUCAACUUUUCAACAGUCUGCUUUUGCGACGUGAAUGCUGCUCAUUCACGAAUGGGGAGUACGUAAAAUCUGGAUUGGGGGAGUUGGAACAAUGGUGCUGCUAUGCAACUGAGGAAUAUGUAGGCUCAUCUUGGGAUGAACUGAAGCAUAUCAGACAAGCGGUUGGAUUCCUUGUAAUACACCAGAAGCCUAAGAAGACAUUGCAUGAGAUUAUGAAUGAACUUUGUCCUGUUCUUAGCAUACAACAACUAUACCGGAUAAGUACAAUGUAUUGGGAUGACAAAUAUGGAACUCACAGUGUUUCUACUGACGUUAUAUCAAAUAUGAGAGCCAUGAUGACGGAGGACUCUAACAAUGCUGUUAGCAGUUCAUUUCUGUUGGACGAUGAUACAAGCAUUCCUUUUACGGUGGAUGAUAUAUCUAAAUCAAUUCAACAAGUUGACAUUGCUGACAUUGAUCCUCCACCAUUGAUUCGUGAAAACUCGGGGUUUGUAUUCUUGCAUCAACGUACAGUAUGACAGGACACUGCCUCAUCAAGCCAGCCAAGUGCGGAAACAUGGAGAAAAUUUGUGCAUAUUUUAAAAAGUCCAUACCUUAUUGCUUCCAUACGUACCAUAUUUUUGGGUUUCUUGAUUUUCUUGGACAUCCGUGGUGGGGGUCCGUUGUCCAGUUCUAUUCAUUUGUUUUUUUAUCUCACACGCCUUUUCAACGUGAGAGAUAUCUUUAGAAGGCCACGAGGCCUGUAGCUUGAUCAUAUGUAUGCAGGCUUAGGAAGAUGCAGUAUUUCUUUCUAUUGUUUUUUGGGAGGAGGUGGGGGUGGAGGUGGUUUCAUUUUUGGGUGUAUAAGUAACCAUAUUUGGUCGUCAAUUUAAGUCGGCAGUUGUUUGUAUUGUAAGAAAAUGCUGUCUUAAGGUUUUGGUUGUAACUUUAAGAAAAGAGGAUGUUUGAAGAUGGCUUACACAUUCUCUCUACAUACUCGUUUCAUGAAUUGCCAAAGGGGCUAACAAGCUCACACGUCAAGAAGAGAGGAAACAUUAAAGUUAAUCAUUUCCUUGAAUAAGUUCAAAUACACUAGGCAUGGACCUAAAAAU